AUGAACUUUGAAGAGAUAAAGAAGGUUUGCGACAACAGGAAUCAUGAAAGACCUGGUCCAGUUGAGCUUCAAAGUUUGCCGACAAAGACGCAAAUAAAAAUGAGCCAGGAAGAUGAAACGGUUGUGCCACUGGUGCUUGAAGGGAUGAACCUACUGGCGAAGGAGCGACCGGCGACAGAAGAAAAGGCGAUCGAGUGGUUUGCUGCCUUCCUCCUCAAAAACAAAAACUACAAAGAAGACAUUCGAAAAGCCAAAGAAGCUGAAAGUGCGGCUCCAACACCAGCCCCUGGCAAGAAAUGA